CACUGCCACAUUGUAUGAGUGUGAGUGUUAGUGAGUUGAGCAUUAAGAAACCAGGCUUUGUUCUCUGUGUUGUUGUUUUAGGAAGAUGACGAUGAAGAUGAAGAUGUCGGUUGUGUGUGCAGUGGUGGUUCUGGCACUGUUUCUGAUCGAUGUGGGACCUGUGGCUGAGGCUGUAACUUGCACCCCAACCGAAUUAUCGCCAUGUGCUGCAGCAAUCAGCAGCAGCUCUCCACCCUCAGGGGCUUGCUGUACCAAGCUGAAGGAGCAAAAGCCAUGCUUAUGCGGUUACAUAAAAAACCCGUCCCUUAGGCAGUACGUCAAUUCUCCUGGUGCCAUAAAGGUCCUUAGUAGUUGCGGCGUUACCAAACCAAAAUGCUAAAUACAUAUACAAACAAAUUCAAUAACACAGUUUAAUUUAUACUGCGUAUAAAUUAAGCUUCAAUACGUUUCUAUCGUAUUAUAUACUUUGCUGUGUCUUUGGAUGUGUUGUAAGAGUUUCUAGAGCUGAAUACGUACGUACGGUGUAUACACAUCCUGUAUUCACCAGGGAAUCAUCAUAUCUAUGUCUGUCUCUGUUCACACCUAUAAAUAAAGAGAUACUCAUGCUCUCUUCUCUUCU